AGAGUUGGCAACCUCAGGCACAGUGCAGUCGCACAGGAUGUGACUUAAACCCAGGCUUGAAACGGAAACGACACCAUUUGCUACCACUAUCACAUGUGAUAACACUAUGACAUUUGCGUUGGACGUGGGGGAGAGCCGUCUUAACAUGUGAGAGCUGACGCCUGCAUGUCAUCAGUUCCACAUCAUGGGGACCCAACUGGACCUUCUACUUCAUGCUACGGAUCACCUGAAGCCUGAGCAGCUGAAGAGGUUCAAGCUGUACCUGAGCCACCGAACUCUGGACGGUGUCGAGCCCAUACCCAGAGACCGGCUUGGAGACAGUGACGCGACGGACAUUGUGGAAACAAUGAUGGAGGUCUAUGGCAGCGAAGGUGCUCUGAAAAUCACAAUACACAUCCUGAGGAAAAUCAGCCGUACAGAUCUUGCAGAUGCCCUGGAGAAUGGGAUUAAGGAAGUGCCAAGCCAAGAGGAACAGGCUACAGACGCUGGGUCAUCAGUAAGUCUGACCCAGGAUCAGUGUGGAGUGUGUGAGCAGCUUCUGACGGAUCCAGUCAUCACCACCUGUGGACACAGUUUCUGCAGGCAGUGCAUCAGCAGCUACUGGAGCCAGUCUGGUCCAUCAGGACAGUACACCUGUGCAAAGUGUGAAAAAAGACGCAAAAACUCCACAGUCUUCACAGACAAUAACAGGUGCGGAGUUUUAUACCUCUUCACCAGCUGA